CCCACUCACUCUUUUCUCUUUGCUCCGUGGCAUUUUGCAACAGAGGCUGUCUUCGGCUGCUGGUUUUCUACUAAGCCCAAUGCUGUAGGGCAGCACGGGCAGGAAUGGAAAAAGACGGAAUUAGGUGAUCAUCGCAGGGAUUCACACAGGACAAAUGUAUGAAAAGUGGAGCCAAGAAACAUCACCAUCACAGAAAAUGACAUAGAGACCCCUCCAGACCUUCAAGGUGAUGUGCAGAAGCACACAGUGAGUAAUGUGAUCAGAGGGGAAAGGGAAUGCAGACUUGCCAGCUAUAGCUUGUAUGUGAGCGCGAUGCCCAGGCGGGGGUUGUCGCUCCAGGGCCGGUUCCGCUGGCUCUUUCUGGGCCUCUUCCUGCUGCUGGUGCUGCUGCUGUUCGCCUACCUGCUGGAGUGCACCCCUCCCGCAGACGCCAGCCUGGCCCUGCCCCCCGGCAUAGCAGGGGACACCUACGGGAAGGAGUACUACCAGGGCCUGCUGCAGGAGCAGGAGGAGCGCCACCUGAACCGGGCCGCCAGUCUCAAGCGGCAGAUCGCUCAGCUCAAGCAGGAGCUGCAGGAAAUGGGUGAGAAGCUAAAGCUCAUGCAGGACAAGAAGGAGCCCCCCGGGGUGCAGGGCCUUACGGAGACAAAGGACCAAGAGCCUGGAGACCUGCUGGAGUACCUGCACUCUCAGAUCGACAAGGCGGAGGUCAACACGGGGGCACGUCUCCCCAGCGAGUACGCCCUGGUGCCCUUUGAGAGUUUCACUUCAUCCAAAGUGUACCAGCUGGAGAUGGGGCUGACACGGCACCCAGAGGAGAAACCUGUCCGCAAAGACCGCAGGGACGAGCUGGUGGAGGUGAUGGAGGCCGCGCUGGACAUCAUCAACAACCCCGACGAGGAGGAUGGAGUGGAGGAAGACAUGCCGAUGCAGAGACAGACCUACACAGAGGGUCACUUUACUGAAGGAAUGUACAGGACGGAGCGAGACAAAGGGACGCUUUACGAGCUGUUCUUCGACAAAGAGGAGUCCAGCAGCUUCCGCCAUGUCACGCUCUUCAGACCUUUUGGUCCCUUAAUGAAAGUCAGGAGCACCUCCGUAGAGACAUCAGCAAUGAUUAUCAACAUCAUCGUGCCGCUGGCAGGCAGAGUAGAUACUUUCUCACAGUUCUUGCACAACUUCAGAGAGGUGUGCAUACAGCAGGACAGAAGAGUCCAUCUCACGGUGGUUUAUUUCGGGCCAGAAGGCCUGCAGGAAGUGGAAUCAUCUUUGGAGAAAAUGUCAAGAGAGGAGAGCUUCUCAAAUUACACCCUGGUCCCGGUGGACGAGGAGUUUUCCAGAGGUCGGGGUCUGGAUAUCGGGGCUCACGCCUGGAAGAAAGGCGACGUCUUAAUGUUUUUUUGUGACGUUGACAUCCAUUUUACACUCCAGUUCCUGAACACCUGUCGUCUCCACGCUGCUCCAAAUAAGAAAGUCUUCUAUCCAGUAGUGUUCAGUCUGUACAAUCCUGCCAUCGUCUAUGGAAAUUCGGAGCUGGCUCCACCGGCUGAACUCCAACUGAUUCACAAAAAAGAUGCUGGAUUCUGGAGAGACUUUGGCUUCGGAAUGACGUGUCAGUAUCGUUCAGAUUUCCUAAAUAUUGGCGGGUUUGAUCUUGAAGUGAAAGGUUGGGGUGUGGAAGACGUCCACCUGUACAGGAAGUAUCUCCGGAGCGAGCUCAUCGUGAUCCGGACCCCGGUGUCCGGGCUCUUCCACCUGUGGCACGAGAAGCAGUGUGCGGAUGAGCUGACCCCAGAGCAGUACCGCAUGUGCAUCCAAUCCAAAGCCAUGAACGAGGCGUCGCACUCCCACCUCGGAAUGCUGGUGUUCCGCGACGAGAUCGAGGCUCACCUACGCAAGCAGGCCUACAAGACUCAGAGCAAAUCAGAAGACUGAAGCCUCCACAUUCCCAUCUCCAUUCCUUCGUUACGACUGUGAGGUGCGGACAUUACAAUCGCAGUACAGCAAAGAAAUGUUUACACAGAUCCUUCUCCAUUUCACCGCACAGCUGGAGACAAAUGAAUGUACACAAACAAGCAUCGAUCAAUGUGAAACUUCAAAACACGGUACGACUUUGCAGUAUCAAACACGGCUAACAAGCAGAUUUGUAAUAUUUAACCUGCUGAAGUAGAAAUAACGUUUUUUUAAAAACAUAUUUUAGGCAACAAUUCAAUAUGCAUGUCAUGCCAGUUUCAAACGCAACACCUGACUUGCAACCAGUUUUCACAAGGGCUGCAACAAUUAUUAUUUUCAAAAAUGAUUGAUCUGCCAAUUGUUUUUGUAGCUUAAGAGCAUUUUUUUUUUAAAUAGGUGGCAAUCAUUUUUCUGACUGAAUUUUGCAGCUUGAACUUUUUUCUUUAUUUCUGCUCAGUUACCUUUCGCCGCUUAAUGGACCUCAGCCAGUAGUCAGCUGUCUUCCAGUUGAUUCAUUCAUUUAACAAACAAAUCAAACACAAGCAGCUGUUGACUCGUGUAGAGUGUGUUUUUUAUAUCAGAAAGAAAGAACUAUUUAUUAGCUGUCGACAAAAGGAAAAUGAAGAAGUUGCACUUUGACAUCACAAGAACCAGUAUAGUUCUACUGAGCUUAAAAGCAAUUUACAAUCUUUGCUUUAACAGCACAGACGAAUGCUGUUCUGUUAGCAUUAUAUUUAUAGGUGGUUUCAGCCUGGCGGUGUGGUUUAAAAAAAAAAAGAAAAGGGAACUUUUUGUGUGUUUUAUGUCACAAUGUUCCUUUGCUGAUGAGGUUAA